UAGAUACCAGCUCUCAUGCAUUUUGGAAGACGAGGAAGAGAGCACGCGCCCGCUUUUUCGUCCAAUGGUUGUAGAACAUAAAGAAUAUAGUAUUGGAUGUAGAAAAUCAGGUGUUUUUACUGUAAUGCUGACUGUAGCAGCGAAGUGCUGGUGAAAGACAACAUUGUCAGUCAGUAACGCUUGAGUUUGAAUCUUGAAGUUACAUCCUAUUCGUGGCCCAUUUCAUGUCGCGGUGUUCAUUGUGACAGAUUCUCCAACACAUUUUCUGAACGUUUUACAGCGUCGGCUACGAUGACAGAGUUUUUCAGGUUGCUGGACAGCGAUGUUAUUGGUUUUGAUUUAGACCAUACGCUCUGCCGGUACCAUCUGAAGGAGACUUCCAAGUUAAUCUACGAGAGCUUUGCCAGGUAUCUGGUGGAACAUAAAGGUUAUGACAAAGACUUGUUAAACCUCACACCUGCUACUUGGGAUUUUUGUUUUAAGGGCCUAGUGGUGGAUCUUGAAGAUGGAAACUUAGUGAAGCUCGCUGAAGAUGGAACAGUGUUGAGAGCAACACAUGGAACUACUGACCUGAGCACAGAAGAGAUCAUCAAACAUUAUGGUCCAAAAAGGGAAUGGAAACACUUUAACAGCCUCAAUACCUCUUUUGCAAGAUCUGCUAAAUUCUAUUUAUAUGACAACUACUUUGAUCUACCUGGUGCUCUUCUAUGCGGAAGAGUUGUGGACAUGUUCCACAAGUUGGGAAAUGAAGUGAAUUCAGACUUUUGGAAAGACAUGAUUGCUGCCAUUGACCACAAUUACAACACAUCAGCAUUUAGAGAGGAUUCAGGGACAUAUUUUCCCAACGUGAAGAGGGACCCCGGACGUUAUUUGCAGACCUGUUCGGAAUCUGUCAAGAAUUGGCUACGGAGCAUGAAGAAUGCCGGAAAAGUCCUCCUCCUUAUUACCAGCUCUCACAGUGACUACUGCAGGCUCAUAUGCGAACACAUCUUGGGAAAGGACUUUGAGGAGCUUUUUGAUGUCAUCAUCACAAAUGCCCUCAAGCCUGGUUUUUUCUCCCUAAAACCUCAACAGAGGUCCUUCAAGAACCUUGUGAAUGAUGUAGAAGAGAGUGAGGAUCUUCCAUCACUGGACAAACCUGGUUGGUACUCCCAAGGCAACUGGAUGCACCUCCAUGAAUUGCUUAAGACCAUGACUGGAAAACCAGAGCCCAAGGUUGUGUAUUUUGGAGAUAGCAUGAGGUCAGACAUGUUCCCUGCCAGCAGCUUUGGAAAGUGGGAAACAGUGAUGAUUGUGGAAGAAAUGGAAGGAGAGGGUGUACCCAAGAGUGAUGCAGCAAAGUCAAAUGAAGCCCAAGUGGAGCCACAGGAAAAAAAAGGGAAGUUUGAGGAAACCAUGAAGUCACCAUCCACUAUAUCCAACCAGUGGGGUUCCUACUUUGUUGAUGUACACAGAAGCGGUGGAGAGGACGAGGAAAGCCAGAAACUGACCUGGUGCUGCCACUGUAUUCACAAAUACAGCACAAUGGCCAUCCCGAGUGUUGAGCACAUAGCAAAUCUUCCUCUGGAUUACAAGUUCCCGAGAUUUUCGCCGGAUCAGCCAUGUACAAUCGGUUACUUUCCGAGGCCCCCGGAUUCUUUGCUAAAGAGAUGCAAAAGUCUGACCUGAAAAGAAAGUAAAACAAAGACUCAUCCUUUCUUUAUCCCUCUGCCUCAUAACUAUUCUGUGCCUCCAUUUGCACCUGUAGUUUCCCAUUUUAGCCAAAGUCAUUUGUGGAACAAAAAAAUACAAUAACUGAAUAUUCAGGAAGUAAAUGUUGAAUGUAAUGUAUGAUAUACUAUUUGUCUAUCAUUAGGACAUUGUUUUGUAGUUAGGUAUAAAGUACAAACAAUAUAGUGUUGAUGUGGGUGUGUGUCUGAGUACAGUCGUACCCUGACUCAUGAGUUUAAUUUGUUCUGUGGCCACUCGAAUCACUCGUAUUUCAAACCGUAUUUCCCCCUAAAAAAAACAAAAUACAACAAAACAUACAAACAAAAAAUAUCUAUAGUACAUUGCAGUAUUGUACUGUGUAAAACAUGCAGUAAUCAUAGAAUUUAAAGACCAGGAUAUUAUUUUAAUUUUUGGUUUUGUUUUGUAGACAUUGUUUUGCUGCUUUUUCUAGUGUGUACACCAUAACCACCAGGGGUCAGUAAAAUUACAUAAAGAACACUAAGCUUAGUAAGCUACAGAAUGUGAGAGGCAGCGAGAACCUAAAGUGAUAUUUGACAUAUGGCAAAUACAUUUUGACGUGGCCUUUUUUUGGCCAUGUGGCAAAAAAAAAUUAUUUUGACAUGAGGCAUUUUUUGGCCAUGUGGCAAAAAAAAGUAUUUUGACGUGAGGCAUUUUUUGGCCAAGUGGCAAAAAAAAUGUAUUUCCACAUGAGGCAUUUUUUGGCCAUGUGGCAUAAAAAUGUGACAUUGCAAAAUCCAUUUUGCAACAUGGCAAACAAAUGCCAUAUGGCAAAAUCCAUUUUGCCACAUAGCAAAACAAAUCUACAUGGCAAAAAAAUGCCACAUGGCAAAAAAAAAAACAAAAAAAAAAUCAAUUUUGUCACAUGGCAAAAAAUGCCACAUGGUAAAAUCCAUUUUGUCACAUGGCAAAAAAUGCCACAUGGUAAAAUCCAUUUUGUCACAUGGCAAAAAAAUGCCACAUGGCAAAAUCCAUUUUGCCACAUUGCAAUAAAAAAAUCUGAAUGGCAAAAAAAUGCCAUUUUGCUACAUAGCAAAAAAAAAAAAAUUUCUACAUGGCAAAAAAAUGCCACAUGGUAAAAUCCAUUUUGUCACAUGGCAGAAAAAAUGGCACAUGGCAAAAUCCAUUUUACCACAUUGCAAAAAAAAUUUACAUUGCAAAAAAAUGCCCCCUGGCAAAAUCCAUUUUUCCACAUGGCAAAAAAGAAUGCCACAUUGCAAAAUCUAUUUUGCCACAUGGCAAAAAAAAACAUUUUUCCACAUGGCAAAAAAAUGCCACAUGGCAAAAUCCAUUUUGCCGCAUGGCAAAAAAAUUCUACAUGGCAGGAAAAAUGCCCCCAGGCAAAAUCCAUUUUUCAACAUGGCAAAAAAGAAUGUCACAUGGCAAAAAAAAAUGCCACAUGGCAAAAUCCAUUCUGCCACAUAGCAAAAAAAUUAUCCAUGGCAAAAUAAAUGCCCCCUGGCAAAAUCCAUUUUUCCACAUGGAAAAAAAGAAUGUCACAUUGCAAAAUCCAUUUUGCUAAAAGACGAAAAAUCAUUUUGCCACAUGGCAAAAAAAUGCCACAUGGCAAAUCCAUUUUGCUGCAUAGCAAAAAAAUAUCACAUGGCAAAAUCCAUUUCGCUUCAUGGCAAAAAAAAAAAAAAACACAUGGCAAAAUCCAUUUUUCCACAUGGCAAAUGCCACUUUUUCUCCUCGGCCCUGCUGCAGAAUGUUUACUUUCACAGAGCGUAAAGAAUACGUGCCCGUUGUGAGCAUUAUUAAAUUGUCUGUAUUUGUUGCUUCACUGAUGAGGUUCAAACAAACGCUGAAAGGUUCAUAACUUUCGCAACAUAAAUGGAUGUUUUGGUAGUGACAUCUUGCAUCGACUGUUGUCAUUCAGCCGGCGGACUUUAGGAAGGCUAAGUAAUGUUGUUUCGGUUAAUUACACGUGGAAUUGUUGCUUUUCAACUGUGAAAGACAAGGAAACCAUGCACAAUUCUUUGAGGAAAUGUUCACUGUUGGCGCAGCUGCUGCUUGAUUUUUGUGACGUUUGCUUUGGCUGUUUUGGGAAACACCUGAAACCUUCGAGUGUGUUGAGAGCAUGACAUGAAAAGAAAUAAAUAUUUGGAUAAACGGCGCAAACUUUAUCUUGUUUGUGAUACUUAAGGGAAAUAGCAAACAUAAUUGAUUGUCUUGUUCUUGUUUUUGGGCUUUUAUUUGGCAAUAAAAUUAUGCCAAGAAGAAAAGUGUGGUGGCUAAGAGUGCACUUUUAAGGAACUGAUUGCAUUUGCUUAUAGAUCAAUGUGCAUUUGCUUGUAAAUCGAGCUGCAUUCUCGUAUAACUUAGCGACACGAAAAAUGACCCCCGAAAGUCACGUGGCAGUGCAAUCAGUUAACUUCCAUAACAGCAGAUGGCACUGUUAACUAUUGAGAUCACGUCAACCAAGUUGUGUGUAGCGGUCUGCUGCAUGCGAGACAUAACGUGUGCUUACAUUACCUCAACUACGCCACCAUCUUGCUUGUCGCAGAGAAAAACCUGGAGGCACUUCCAGUUUUGUGGCGAUCCAGGCCUUUGAAUGGUGAACAUUGCCAUCUGCUGUUAUAGAAAGGAAUUGAUGGGCACAGUUACGUGACUUACGGCAGUCAUUUUCCCUGUCGCUGAAUUACAAGCAAAUGCAUCCGAUCUGUAAGCAAAUGCAAAUUAAUCUGUACGCAAAUGCAAUCAGAUCCGUAAGAAUGUGCUUGUAGCGACUUUUAUUUGUUUGAUGGGUACGUUUUCAAUUUACACAACAAAAAUUUUUGAAUGAUGGUUUUCAUUAGCAAAACCACACUUUUUUCAUAUUUGAAUGUUUCAUUUGCAAACCACACUUUUUUCUGUUCUUUGGUUUUGGCAUGAUUCUACAGCUACACUUUUCGUAAACACAUACAAUGUUCGCAACAUGAGACACUAUAUACAGUAUAUAGUUUGCCUUAUCGCUUAAAAAAACUGAUGAUUGGAUCACUUGUAUUUUGAUGUACCACUGUAUGUGUGUCUAUUUGCAUUCAGUAAUUGUACAAAAUGUCAUGGAUUAAACUGGAGUGAAAUAAUUUUAUUUUGUUAGUCAGUGAAAAGUGAAAUUACAUUGAUAUCUCAAUGAUGUGUUCCCUUUCACACAAAAUCCAGGCUCUUCGCAAGUGUUUUUGUCUUCACAAAUGUUAACGUGCCAUCACUGAAUUUGUUUUUGUGUUUCGAAAUGAGUUGUAAGGUGUGCUGCCUAUGGAAGUUUUGUGGAAAACAAAGUGUUAUUAAAAGAAUGUUGUUGCUGUUUCAAUUAAAGAGAAAAAGAUUGAAUGUUAAAAAAAUAAAAUUUGAAAAAAUGUGCUUUGUGCUUAUUGACC